AUGGCGGCCGAGCACCUCGCGGCGGCACUUGCGUACGGCAACCCUGUCCAACAAGCGCCAGAGGGACGAGCGAGGUCAACCCUGGCUCGUGCGGAAGCCUCUUCGUCGGACGCAGAGCUGGUGACCAAGCUACUUCGUUCACGCCUCCUUCAAGGCAACAGUGUGCAGGAGCUCCUCAACUCGGCCAACCUGUGCUUACUUGUCAAAGCGGAGGAGGACAAGGCCCACCUUUCGCGUCUUCUCGAGGCCUACCACGCGAAGCAGCGCGACAGUGCUCUCACCCCGGAGCAGCGUCGACAGGGACAGCAGCCGAAGCCUCACGAGUGGGGCCCACGCGAAGUGUUUGUCUGCAGUGCUGUGUUAGAGAGGCUUGCGGCGAAGCUGACGGAUGGCCCUGGCAAGGAGGCUGUCACUGCACUCGCGGAGAUGAGUGCAGAGGACAUGGAGCUCUACCUGGCCAACUGUGGUCCGGAGCAUGCGACUCCGAAGGAAGGGCGUCCGUGGAAGUUUAAGGUCAGCUUGACUCCGCUGGCACCGGACAGUUUCCGUAUGCAUUGGACCGUCUUGUGCAAGAAGCUGUCUCGAAGCAAGGACCUUCAAUGGGUGCUGGAGCCGAUGCGAGCCCCGCAGACUCAGGUGCAGAAGGAGCUCUGGGAGACGCUGAAAGCGCGGACGGCGUAG